UCCCUCGGUGGCUUGUGAUUUUUUUUCAGAAUUGGACAAAAAUGGAGAAGAUGAUGAUUUGGAAGCAGAGACAUAAUCAACUCUGGUUUGUUGUUCUUGUCUCCUUUGUUUUUUGCUUGGUUUUGCUUUGCUUGGAUUAUUCAGUUUUAUCUGGUGCCAAGAAUGGAGUCUCCUUCAUAGUCCACAGUUUUGACUAUGCUCUCAACACCCAGAGAACUGGCCAAUUUGUUGCCAUUGACAAACAUGGUGAAACUUCUGCCCCACCUUCCAUUGUCACCAGCAAUCAAGCUUAUAAAGAUGCACAGGAUUUUCCUGUCCUGGAAAAUAAUGUUACAUUGGAUAAUAAUGUGAAGGAAGAAAACAAGGUUCAGGUUCAGGUUCAGGAUGUUGCUGAUCAACAACCUGGUAGUGAUUGGAAAAGAGAGGAUCCAUGUUCAGGUAAAUACAUAUAUGUUCACCAUCUUCCAAGUAGAUUCAAUUAUAAUGUGCUCAAGGAUUGUCGAAUGCUUAACAAAUGGUUUGAUAUGUGUCCAUCCCUGAUGAAUUCAGGGUUCGGUCCAAAGGUUGAAAGCCCACGAGGGGUUUUAUCUGACAGGAAUUGGUUUGAAACAAACCAGUUCCUUCUAGAAGUCAUUUUCCAUCAUAGGAUGAAGCAAUACAAAUGUUUAACCAAUAAUUCAUCAUUGGCUUCAGCUAUUUUUGUACCCUUUUAUGCUGGCCUAGAUAUUGGUCGUUUUCUUUGGGGUUAUAACACAUCCAUAAGAGAUUCUUCUGCUUAUGAUUUGGUCAAUUGGCUUGGAAAAGAAGCUGAAUGGAAACGGAUGUGGGGUAGAGAUCAUUUCUUUGUUGCAGGGAGGAUUGCUUGGGAUUUUCGGAGACAAACAGGAAAAGAAUCCGAUUGGGGCAGCAGGCUUAUGUCUUUGCCUGAAUCCAUGAAUAUGACAAUGUUAACUAUAGAAACAAGCUCGUGGAGCAAUGAAUUUGCCAUACCAUACCCAACUUACUUUCAUCCAUCAAGCCACAGAGAGGUAAUCCGUUGGCAGAAAAGAAUGAGAAGUCGAAAAAGGCGACACCUAUUCUCAUUUGCUGGUGCUCCACGUCCAAGUAUGAAUGACUCAAUCCGGGGCAAGAUUAUCAACCAAUGUUUAGCCUCAAAAAACACAUGCAAGUUUCUUGAUUGUCAGUCUAGUGGAAACAGGUGUGAUACUCCAGUUGAAGUAAUUAAGGUGUUUCGAGACUCCAUUUUUUGCUUACAGCCUCCAGGGGAUUCAUACACUCGGCGCUCAACAUUUGAUUCGAUCCUGGCAGGGUGCAUUCCUGUUUUCUUCCAUCCUUAUUCUGCAUAUGCACAAUAUACAUGGUACUUUCCAAAGAACUAUACCAAAUAUUCUGUGUACAUUCCUGCCAAUGACAUAAAUGAUGGCAGGGUGAGCAUCAAUAAAGCACUUUCUCAGUUUCCGAAAGGCCAAGUAUUAGCUAUGAGAAAACAGGUGCUAAAGCUAAUACCAAAGGUGAUAUAUGCAGAUCCCAUGUCCAGAUUGGAGCUUUUUGAGGAUGCAUUUGACGUUGCGGUUAAAAAAGUUCUUGAGAGAGUGGAGAAAGUUAGGAAAGAUAUUAAGAAAGGAAAGGAUCCCAGUGUUGAUUUUGCUGUAGAGAACCGCUGGAAGUUGAAAUUAUCUGGAAUAGUGGGAGACCAUUCAUUGGAGCAACUAAUUUAGACAAUGAAGAAGAGCAUAGAAAUGCAAGAUUAGACAAAAAUUAGUGCAUUACUUAUGUGACUGGGAUUAAUGAGGAGUAAAGAAAACAAACUCCUGCUUUGAUCUCGAUUGUUUAUUUCUUUUCCUUGAUUGAAUUUUUGCAUUGGGUAACUGGAUGGUUGAUCAUCUGUUUGUCCUCUUCGUAUUCCUGAGCUGUAAGUGAAAAUAGG